CAGACUCAGCGUGAUGGUCAAGUAGCCAAGCUCGACGGCACCAAGAUGCAGGGCUUCAAUAUGGGACGGUACGUCCCUCCCGACCAGGAGGGACUGACGACAGGCAACAAGCUGGCGGGCAAGCACCCGCUCGGAGCGCGGGCGCGCCAUCUACACACGACAGGCGCUCUGGUGGUGCGGUUCGAGAUGCCGUUUGCGAUCUGGUGCACGACGUGCAAGCCGCACGAGACCAUCAUCGGCCAAGGGGUGCGGUUCAACGCCGAGAAGAAGAAGGUGGGUAAUUACUACUCGACGCCCAUCUAUAGUUUCCGCAUGAAACAUACCGCGUGCGGCGGGUGGAUUGAGAUCCGCACCGAUCCGCAGAACACGGCGUACGUCGUUGUCGAGGGUGCUCGGAAGAGGGAGACGGGAGACGACAAGGCGGAGCUAGCGCCGGGGGAGAUCCGGAUCAAACUUCCUGGGGAAGAGACGGUUGAGUCUCUUGCGGCGGACCCGUUUGCAAAGCUGGAGGGGAAGGUAGAGGACAAACGACAGGCGGAGACGGCGACAACUCGAAUUCUGGAGCUGCAGCGCCGCCAGCAGCGCGACUGGGAUGAUCCGUACGAGCAGUCGAGGCGGCUGCGCCGCACGUUCCGCGCGGAGCGCAAGACGCUUGAAAAGGCCGCGGCAAACCGCGAGGCGCUGCAGGAUAAAAUGAGCCUGGGGAUCGAGCUCGUCGACGAGACCGAGGAAGAUCGCCUCCGCGCGGGGAUGGUCGAUUUCGGCACCACGCCGGAGGAUAGUACGCGAGCAGCACUGCGCGUACGGCCGAUGUUCUUCGCUCCACCUUCUUCAUCGUCUUCUCCUUCUCCUUCGAAUUCGUCGAAAGACGAAAAACUAAAGAAACUGAAACGCCUCAAAUCAGAGGGUCCGACAGACCGCAAAGCCGCCCUCCGCUCUGAAUUGGCAGGCAACACUCGCGCGGCGGUUGAUCCGUUCCUUGCCACGCACGAAACAGCGUGGAAGCCCGAGACUAAACGACGCAAGACUAUGACUCCUUUAAAGCAGACCCCUACAGGAGACGGCGACGAGCAGGAAACUCCUGUAGAACCGCCUCCCAAGCUGCGAUCUGCUGCGUUGGUCGGCUAUUGCUCUGAUUCUGAUUAAGGUAUAUAUACCUAGACGACAUGAUUAUACGGCAUCAAGAUACCCCUGCGUUGACUACACUAGCUACACUAAUUGUACUAUACUCUAUGAAUAAUAAGAUAACUAUACGUAUACUACUAUGUAAUACGUACUCAUUGCAUUGCUCAUUAUGCUCAUCAUGUACCCUACGGGCCAUCAGGAUUCCUC